UUCGUUGUUUACAAUCUCGGUGAAAUAUGGCCAUUUUCAAACUCACUCGUAGCAGUUAGAGCUAGGGAGCGCUUGACUUAGUUUUUUAAUUAUCAAUUUUUAACUUGAAAAAUAGAAUACUGUGCAGCCAUCGAUUUAACUCCCUUUUCCUUUCCGUUUAUUUAGAUUUUACCUCUUCUUACUGUGAGUCGGUAGCCGCUAAAGCUAGUUGACAAGCUAGCGUCUCCAUAGGGAACAAUGACAGCGACUUCAGCAGGUAGCAGUAGCUCUCUUGCCGCUAAAGGACUGGAUAUAAGUCUGGCUGCUCUGCAGCGACAAGACCCAUACAUCAAUAACAUUGUGGACCUGGCGAGCCAAGUUGCCCUGUAUACUUACAACAACAGGACAAAUGAGUGGGAGAAGACAGAAGUGGAAGGUACUCUUUUUAUAUAUACAAGGUUGGCCUCUCCUAGGCAUGGUUUCACCAUUAUGAACCGGCUCAGCAUGCAGAACCUGACAGAGCCACUCACCAAAGACCUGGACUUCCAGCUCCAGGACCCGUUCCUGCUUUACCGCAACGCACGAUUGGCAAUCCAUGGGAUUUGGUUCUAUGAUAAGGAGGACUGUCAGCGCAUCGCCCAGAGGAUGAAGAUUCUGACCCAGCAGGAGCAGGUCCUGGCUCAGUCCCAGGGUGGUUGGUUAUCCCCAGGAGACGUAAGAGUAGGGGGAGGGGGAAAAAGUGAAACAAAGGGAGUGGAUAUCAUCCAGAUGUUAACCAAAGCCCGCACAGAGUAUGAUAAGGAAAAGUCAACCUCAGAGCCAAAGGAGAUUGGUGGCAGCAGUGUUCUUUAUGGAAACCCCCACCUGAUUAAACCAAUACCCGUUAAACCAAACACUCAGGACAAUGAAGGUGCUGAGCCCAAGUCUCUUUCUUUGGCUACUCUGUUUGGCUCUCAGCAACGUUCAACUAAACCUGACUCUGACCCUCUUGCGAAUGCUCCAGCACUGGGAUCAUCAGCGGGAAAAGUAUCUCGUCCGCCUGUAGCUCGCACACUCACCUACGAUGAUGCAGUGAACUCUGGCAGAAAUGUGGCCUCUGAUGGAGGAAUCAAGGCUGUGGAAGAUGGAGCAAGUGUUGUUUCUGGCUUGUUGCAGAGUCCCUCAAACGUUCACCACCAACAGCACUGCCCGGCCAUCGCAAAGCUCAUGCAGGGACAGAGAGGUGUCGGGACUGUGGGAGGGGUGCUUCAGACCGUGUCCGAGUCCCCCGAGAACCGACUGUGUGACAACGGGGUGCCGCUGGAGCAUCACCACCACCAUCAUCUUUACCACCACCAUCAGCAACAACACCACCAUCACCAGCAUCAGCUUCAUCCUGAUCCAAUUAAGAGACUUUUCCAAACCCAGCCACUUCCUCUACCCACCACCUCUUUCUCCUCUGUGGCCCCUAAUUGUUGCUCCAACCCUUCCUCUCUACAGCAGAACCCUCAUCUCUCCUCCCAGCCUGUAAUGGUGGAUUCUGUGUCACGCUCUCACCUUCAAGCACAACAAAGCCAGCAGCUGUUUUUCAGCCUGUCCAAUUCUCAACCUGAAAUUCAGCAAAACAGUCAGACGGCUCCAGCUGCACAGGGAACGGGUUUGUUGCCAUCUCAGGUGACCAGUGAUCAAGUCAUUCAACCUUCACAAGGAUUGUCUCACGUGCCAGGUAUGGUGUCACCUCAUGAGCUCCUCCAAAAGCUCCAGUUGGUCCAGCAGGAGCAGAGCCUGGCCUCUAGUGAGCCACCUCGGAUCUGUCCAGGACUGGCUCCUCGAUUCCUGGGGCCAGCCCAAAACCAGGGUGCAUGCGUGACUUUAGGCACAAUCCCAAACCCAACUGCAGCCACUGCAGGUCAGAAAGCUGCGCUGCAGUUACAGGUGAUCUCCCCUCAGAGGAUACCAGCCACUGUUGCCCCGACUCUGCUCCUUUCCCCGAGUAUGUUCACCCAGACAAAGCCUAGCAUUGGGUUGUCUGCAGUUGGUCAGGAGAGCUCCCACACACCCUCAACUGUGCCCAGACCCCCUCUGCAGGAGGAGGUCAGAAUCCUUUCCAGAAGUCAGCUUCAAGCCACACUGCUGCAUCUGAUACAGACCAACAGCUCAUUCCUGGACUCCAUCUAUGAAGCCUAUGCCAGCCGCUUUGCUAAGGACUCCAGCAACAAGUAUUGAUGCAGCUUCACACCCUCGUUCUACACACGCACCCUUCCCGGAGGCUACUUCUUACACCUCAUAUGGAUGCACCACUUCCUCCUCCAAAUCACACACACACGUACUUAAACACACACUCUGUACCUCCUCUGCACUCUAUCGUUAGGAAGCCUGACUCUGUUUGCUUCAAGCCAAGUCUCUUGUUGCACAAAGCUAUCACAAGUAACACCUGUAUUUUUCAACAGUAGCAAAAAAAGCAACUUUUACCAUGUUCAAAAAAAAUUUGGUUUAGUCUGUCAAAUACAGAUUUUACCCUUGACCUCACCCUUUGAGUCUCAGCAAAAACAAAACAUGCUGCAAACCUUCAGUUUUCCAGGAUGUUUCUAAUACUCUUUCUUUUCCAGUAAGUGUAGCAAUAUUUCCUUUCAGUCAGUUGUCUCACACCAGCCAGCCUUUAACAAACAAGUCUUCCUAGUCUAGAGCUAAAAGACAUCUUCAGAUAUUAUUUUAAUCUCUUAUUAUUUUACUUGGGCAUAACAGGUUUGUGUAUUUUACCACCAGCAGGUUUUUAAAUCUGUUAUUACAUUGUCGUGAUGAUUUUUAUUCCUAUCCUUUUUAACAGACACGAGCAGUGAUAAGUGUCUACAUGAUAAUUUUAGUUAACUAACUGUUGUCAGCUGGUGCAUAUUGAAGUGGACAAGCAAGCCUGCGGCAUAACUUUAUCCGGCAAUCGCUGAAAUUGUGAAGGAAAGAAAAGGGGGUUUUUGCAGCACUUUCUGAAUAUUAUAAUGUGUUUGAAGUAAAGGGAAAGGAAGGAAAACGUCAAUGUCGGUCCAGCUUAAAAAGACAAGAAAAUUACAGGAACCUGACAACCUGCACUACCUCACAGAGAACUAGUUUGGAGGUAUACCUGUGUUUUAAAUGAAGUGGCAUAAAGGUGAUUGGUUUAUGUCGUAUAGUAAGGAAUUUGUGUUCGCUUUAUGUAAAGAGAUUUCAGAAAAUUAAAUAUCACCUAAGCUGAUAAACGGUUCUAAACAAAUGAAGCCUAGAGUGGUCUAAUAAUAUGAUUUAAUAAUCUGAAGCUUAGAAAAUUUGGUUAAUUAAAUCAUCAACAGCAACAUUGUUAAUUGUUCAGGCUUGUUGUAAACCCCGGUGGAGAUUGAACUUAAAAUUUAAAUGGUUUUAUUGCAUUUGCACAAUACUGUUAAACUACAUUUGCCACGUAAAGUGAUAUUUCUCAUUCAGCUGUUCCUCAUUCAGCACUUAAAUUGCCUACAUUUUUUCAGAGUCAGGUUUUUUAGUUGGUGAUUAGCUUGCGUGCUAAGCCAGCCUGGACAGUAACUACCAGACAGAAACAUCAGCAGCAGCAAAAGCAGAGAAUAUCAUUCAGGAAAAAAAAGAGGAAGAUUUUAUUCCCUAUUUUUUUACUCAAGAAGAAAAUUGUACAAAUAACCAGCAUGUAUCUAAAGGUAUAUCAGAAUGUAAAGUUUAAGAUUUUACAGCAUAUUGUCAGAUGCUGUUUUAAUUCAAAAGUCAUCUGUACUGUUUCUGUAACCAGAAUAUUAAAAUGUUUAUAUGGGCUUUUUUUUCCCUUUUUGGCAGGGAUGUUUUCCCAUUACAUAAACUGGAAUAUAUUUUU